AUGGCUAACUUCCAAUUCCGCCCAUUUUUCUCCUCCUUUUUUAUCCUCCUCUUCCUCUACCUAGGCUGCUUCAUCUUCUCCUCCACCCACCACCACCAAAACCGCCGGAAAAGGAAGCUUUCUCGUGAUCACCACCAGGUCAGCCACCAUAGACUCAACCCGCCAAAAGCUUUGUCCUCUUCCUGGUCCUUCAUCAAACGCCUCUUCUCCUGUAAGCAUAAUUCCUCCCUACUCCAAGUAGUUAAGGCUCCUUCAAUCCCCACCCCAUUCUCUUCCACACGGUCCUUACGAUUAAACAAUCCCAUUAUUGUCCCGUUCAUACCGCCAGAAACUCGCGUAUCGGACUCUCCGUUCAUUUCGAACCGAUCCGAAUCCGGUAUUUCCUCCGAUCAGCCUUUCUUCCCUCUGCGUAACAACAUCUACCCAUGUCCAAUUUGCGGUGAAAUCUUCCAAAAAUCUAGUAUUCUUGAACAGCACCAGUCUACAAAGCAUGCAGUAUCAGAGCUCAUCGAUGGCGAUACGGGCAAGAACAUCGUCCGGAUCAUAUUCAAAACGGGUUGGCCAGAUAAGGCAAAGGAACCCAUUAUCCAUCGGAUCCUUAAGAUUCAUAACAGUCCCAAAAUAUUAGCCAGGUUCGAGGAUUACAGAGAGUGCGUGAAGUCAAAGGCGGCUAAAAACGGCGCCGUAAAGAGCAGGGACGUGCGAUGUAUAGCUGAUGGCAAUGAACUGCUGAGAUUCCACUGUGCGACUUACACGUGUGACCUGGGCCAAAACGGUAAUUCUACUUUAUGCAAUCAGUUGUACUGCAGCGUUUGCGGGAUUAUACAGAGUGGAUUCUCACCCAAGUUGGACGGGAUUUCCACGCUAUUUACUAGUUGGAGAGCGCACGUGGCAGUCCCAGAGGAUAUGGAACGAGAGUUCGAGUUCAUGCACGUGAAACGCGCCAUGUUGGUCUGUCGGGUUAUAGCAGGUCGGGUCGGGUGUGAUCCCGUCUUGUUCGAUAAGGACGAUCCAGGAUUCGAUUCCUUGGUGGGUCGGGGAACAGGGUUUUCCCCAAGAUUGGACGGCGAAGAUGAAUUGUUGGUAUUUAAUGCAAGGGCCGUGCUUCCUUGCUUUGUGAUAGAGUACACUGUAUAA